UACAAGCGGUAUAAAAGUUUCACUUCCUUACAUCGGAUAAUUCGUACGCCUAGCAGUAAAUAUUAUUUAUUAAGUCUGAUAUCGUAGAGCGGAAUUUCAUUUUACUUGAUCUAGUUGGACUUAACUUGUGGCGCGGUACACUUUGAUACAAAAUCGGAUAUUAUAUGCAAUAUGGCAAGCAAAUCUAAAUCCAAAUCAAAAAGUUCGUCAGUGGAAAUGAGUGGUCCUGGGAGCAAACAAUUUGAGAAGGAUAUAAAGGAUAUGUUCAAAUUGUUUGACAAAGAUGGGGACAAGUCACUGUCAACUGAGGAAAUAAGCCGAGCCUUGAAGUCUAUGGGUGUUUGUCUUACAUAUAAAGAAAUACAAGUUGCACUCAAAGAUAUCCGCAAAAAUAAACAUGGCAAAAUAGAGUUUAAAGAAUUCAGAGAAUUCCUAAUAAAACAGUAUCAGAGCAAAAGUUUGGAAGCUCAAGCGAGAGAGUCAUUCCGAAUAUUUGAUAGAGACGGUAAUGGCACCAUAGACAGAAAGGAGUUAAAACAUGCCAUGAAAAUGCUUGGAGAAGAACUCAGUGACGAAGAAGUUGAGCAAAUGAUGAAAGAAGCGGAUGAAAAUGGCGAUGGAAAAAUAAAUUUUGAAGAGUUCCUCCGACUAUGGACGAUACUUAAUGGGGAUGAAGGAGAAUAGUUGUGUUCAAACCAAACUUUGUAUUUAAAUAUUUAGUUCAUUUUGUACAUGUUAACAUGUACUAUAACUAUUCAGCAUGUUUUAAUAACCAACAAUUUAAUAAUUUUGCCGAUUGAAUCGGAAGAAGGAACAGGACAAUAGUUAGACAAUUUUUAUGUGAAAGAAGGAAGUGCUGUUUGGAUUCUAUGUACAUUAUUGUUUUUUGUUCAACACAUAAACGUGGAAAAUUUUAUUUGUGCAUGAAAAUAAUUUUGGUUUGCCAUACGUUUUAAAAAGGAAAGGGCUGACUUUUAUUGUUGAUAAAAUGUUUUGAAAGAAACAAUACAACUUUUUCGUGGACGGAUUUCAAUCGGAAAGUGGCAUUUUCAUCUUAAAUAAAUUAAUUAAUAAGUUGGUUUUAUUUUGAAUGUGCAAAAUAAUGCCAAACAUUAUGUUGAAAGGCGUUCCACAUUAUAAAAUGUAAUAGUGUUACCAAUAAAUGUAAAAAAGGACAAUUUUCCGCUUUGGCAAAUAUGUGCUCUCGAAAAAUGAAACUUGAUCUUGUUUUUUUUUUAAAGUCAGAGUAAUAUAUGAUUAUUAAUACUUGUUUCCUGUUAUUGAAAUAUGUGUCUUGCGUAAGUGUCAUUUCAUCAACAUCAUUUUUUAAGAUGAGAAUUUAAAGAUAAGAUAGAAAAGAAUAACGUUCUAAAGGAACAUGUUACGAUAGAACCGUUCAUAACGUGGUCUAAAAACAUAGUUUAAAUGCAUAUUUGCAAUUCUGAGUGGUGCUAUUACUUUUAAAAGUCCAUCACAAUAUCGACAGAUUAAUAGAUACUGGUAUUCUUUAAAACAAAAACAAAAUUGUUUUGAAUGUCUUCAAGUAAUCGAGUUAAAGCAAUAUUUCAGUUUGUUUAUGCCAAUGUUAUAUCAAAUUAUCUCUAAAGCGUUAUUGAAAUAAACCAGCUAUGAUAAGAACUAAAAUUGUAUUAAAAUUCGAAAACAUUUGUAAAAAUUAAAUCCAUUACAGAAUAUGCAUAUUUCGUCCAGCAUUUAUUAUUAUUAUUAUUCAUUUUUAUUAUUAAACACACUGGUUUAAGUGAAAAAGAAAGUUGGCAAUUGUUAAAAAUUUUGUUCGAGAAUUUUGGUUUUCUCUCUUUGUAUUGAACUGACUAAUGAUUUUUUUUCAAGUUCUGCUAACACUGCACAAUAAAAGGGUCGUUUUUCUCGCUUAAUUUACACUGAUAAUAUUUGAUACGGAGUUUAACAAUGUAUUAAGAUUUGUAAAUUCUACAUGAAUCUAAGAUAUACAGAAGGAUAAUGGUAAUUAAGCUAUAAAAUCCGCACGGUUAUGUUUAAGAAUCUAGCUUCUUUCCAUUUAAUUAAUUUAGGGCCUCCAUCUCAAGAGUAAGACUUGCUUCUAAAACAUUUCCAGCAUUAGAAAAUUAUACACCCAGAUAUUUUAUGUAAAAUUAUCAACAAUAUUUACACUCUAAACAUUGGCCAUUAAUGCAAGGAAAUGUAAAAUAAGGAACAGAUUUUCUAAUCUGAAAAACGCAAACAUUACAUUUUAGUCCAAUUUUGAUAAAUGUUUUUUUUAAGUCAAUAUAUAAAAUGUUCAAAGCAUCUAAAGUAUUUUAAGAUUAUAUCUAUUAUAAAACAAUUUUAAGAGUCGUUUCUAUAGUUCAAAAAUAAAUGCAUUCAUUCUUCAACUUUCUUACAUUGAAAGAAAUGAUUCAACGUAGCACAAUACAAAUCAAUAGUAUUUCUUGAGUAUCGUUCCAAUAAAUAUGUAUUAUCUC